AUGUUGCUGAAUCUACAGCGCUACCGUCCGUCCAUCGAGUUUGUGACCGGCAAAGAGAACGUGGUGGCAGAUGCAAUUUCCCGAGCGCCGUUUGAUGAACGCCAAGCUGACGACAGAUUCGACAAGCGAGACAUCUACAAGGUCUUCCGGGAGGUCGAGGAGGUGAAGCUCUCCAGUUUCCUGAAAGUCAAAGAUGAGCAGUUGAACGAGAUUAUGGAAGAAUCGGCGGCCGACGCAUCAAUGCAACUUAUUGUGAAGUACACCCUGGAGGGAUGGCCGACAUCCGUGGACAAGGUGCCGGACAGCGCUAAGAUGUUCUUCAAGUACAGGAAUGAACUCAGCACUCAGGAUGGUAUCGUGUACCGCAACGACAGGAUUGUUGUCCCUCACUCGCUUCGACGGAAGUUGACGGAAAAGGUCCAUGUCAGCCACAACGGGAUAGAAGCAACCCUCAAGCUGGCACGAGCAAACCUAUUCUGGCCCGGAAUGAGUGCUCAAAUGAAGGAAGCGGUCGCACAGUGCGGAAUUUGUGCCAAGUUCUGUCCGUCUCAGCAGCAUCCACCGAUGCAGAGCCAUCCGAUACCUGUGUACCCGUUCCAGCUCGUGUCCAUGGACGUGUUCUUCGCGGACUACCAACGGAAGAGUUGCAGAUUUCUCGUCACCGUCGACCACUUCUCAGACUUCUUUGAAGUGGAUUUGCUGAAGGAUUUGACCCCAAAGUCAACGAUUGCUGUGUGCAAAUCGAAUUUCUCGCGACACGGAAAACCGCAGCGAGUCGUAACGGACAACGGCACCAAUUUUGUCAACCGUGAAUGGCAGCAGUUCGCACGUGAGUGGAGCUUCGAGCACACGACAUCCGCACCGCAUCACCAACAAGCUAACGGGAAGGCGGAGGCAGCGGUCAAAAUUGCGAAGCGGUUGAUGAAGAAGGCGGAUGAAGCUGGAAGUGACUUUUGGUAUGCCUUACUACACUGGAGAAAUGUACCGAACAAGGUGGGCACCAGCCCCGCUGCACGCCUGUUUUCUCGUAACACACGGUGCGGCGUUCCAACCUCUGCCAACAAUCUGAAGCCAAAGUUGGUAUCGGGAGUACCGGAAGCCAUUGAAGAAAGGAGGCAGAAGGCGAAGCAGCAUUACGAUCGGAAAGCAAGAAAGUUGCCUCAGUUGGAAACAGGAUCUCCGGUGCUCGUGCAGCUGAACUCGGAGACAAACAAACGCUGGACACCGGGUACUGUAAGCAGCAAGCUGAACGAUCGGUCGUACGUCGUGGAGGCAAACGGUACGCAAUAUCGACGAGAUUUGGUGAACUUGAAACCACGUAAAGAACCUCAAACGCCAGAAGCCAUUCCUGUUCAAGCAACUGUUCCCAACGUCGAAAUGCCACCAAUCGAAAGAUCCAACAGAGAGUCGUCGUUCAGGUCAGCGCCUGCCGAAGCUUUGCCGGAUCAAGAACUGAGCAACAGUGUUCCAGAUGUAGGUGUACCAGAAGCGACCACGAAGCCGAAAGCAGGUAGAACUCCAAAAGCAGUGAAAACCCCGAAACCAUCGAGAUCACCCAGCGUUCCGGCAGCAGGAGAGAAGUUCAGCCGAACCAAGAGAGAUGUGAAACUACCAGCCCGUUUCAAAGAUUUCUAUCUUGAGUAG